AAGUGCUGGGAUUAUAGGCGUAAGCCACCAUGCCCAGCCUUCAGACUUCUUAUAAAGCUACAAUGAUCAAGGCAGUGUGGUAUUGACAAAAGAAGAGACAAAUAGGCAAAUGGAAUGGAAUAGAAACACUUUCCCUUUACUUGCCUGAAAUUCCAAAGUAUCUUUCCCUAAGUGCUUCUUCCAAUUUUCGUAUAAACUGAUUAGUUCUACCUUGAAUUAUUUAAAGUCUCACUAGAAUGCCUAAAUGAAAUGGAAACUGGGCUGUUGGCUGGCCGGUGGCAGCUGGUAGGUAAGGCAGUGCUUCAAAUCAUUGUCCAUCAGAUAACAUGCGAAGAACUGAGGCUUAUGAAAGUGAAUCACAUGGACACGUACGGGCUGUAUAAACAUUGUAUCUACUCUAAAGUAGUUCUGAUGCUAGUGGCCAAGUCUUCCUUGCCAGGUCAUUAAUGAAACUCAUAACCUGGCAUGGUAAACAACAACGCAACAACAACAGCAACAGCAACAACAGCAACAGCAACAACAGCAAGACAAAUAAUCCAGACCCCAUAUUUUAGUUCUGGUUCCAGUUCUCCUCUUCUGUUGCCUUGUUCUGCAAUUCUAUAUUGGCCUGUUUUCCAGGAUAAUCUUUUUCCUUGGGUCAAUUCUCUUUUUCAAAAGUAGGUACCGUGGGAUGAUUAAUUACAAAGAAUUCUGUCACUCUGCCGUUGCUCAAAGUUAAAUAUUUAGCAACAAUACUGACUACACCAUUGAUUAUUCCUCUUUGUACUUUAUGUGCAACUGCAUUACAUAUUAUCAUGCUGUCCAAUUCUGCGGUAUGAUUAUUUUUCCUCUGUUGGUAUGGUUGGAGAGAUUUGUCGAAGUCUCUUGAUUUUUGUGGAAAAGACCAUGUUUGAACUGAGUUAUGCCUGAAAGCUUUUUUACUCAGGAAACUAACUAACUUUAUGAUUUCUUCCUGGGUCAUAUUAUCUCUUUUCCCCUCCUGGAUGAGCAGUUGGGGUCAAAACAGUUGCAUCUGUGUCAUAUAUAGAGCAGCACAAUGAUAAAUAUAUAGGUAACCAACCCAGGUGAUCAGGAAGGACACUAGGAAGUGGAUUUAUAUGCAAAAGAAAAGCUACAUGCAGGCUGUCUGUACUAACCUCCAAGAAAUACGACCUCAAACACUAAAAAGAAAAGGAUACAACCUGAUCUAGAGUGAAUAUUAUUGAACCUUCUUGUCCUCAGUUUCCUUACCUAUGGAACAAAAUAAUAAUUCCUGCAUCACAGGGUGAUCGUGAAGACCAAAUGAAAUCACAGGUAUGAAAUACCUAACACUGGAUGGCCCUUAGAAGAUACUUAUGAAAUAUUUAUUUCUUUUUUUUCCCUCCAUCACAUGCUCACAGUCUAUAAAUAAGCUUUUAUUUAGCCAUCAUUACCAAUCUUAUUCUUUGUAAAAUGAAUGAGUCUUCUGAAGUUGCACAAAUACUUGUCUUUUUUUUAAUUUUUAUUUUUUAGAGAUAGGGUCUUGCUAUUUUGCCUGGUUGGUCUUGAACUCCUUCUACCUCAGCUUCCCAAGUAGGUGGGACUACGGGUGACUGCCAUCACACUCAGCUCUGUACAGGUACUUAUAACUGAUUUAGUAAGAAUACAGCUUAAUCUCUUGAGAACAUAUUAUCCCCAAAUAAGAAUAGAAUGUGCAGAAAUUUUACUGAUGAAAUAUGAAGGAGGAGUUUCUCCCACAAAAAAUCAGAAUAAUGAUCAACAAAAGUAAUCCUUUCUGAAACAUCUCCUGUCUGACUAGAGGCUUUUGUGGCAAGGGAGAGAAAAGAAAUACAUUAUUAAUGGUUGAAUCACCAUUUUUUUCCCUAAUAGGAUUUAAGACGACAUAAACAUAAAAUUUCCCACUGUUACUGAAUGUUCCAUUGUUGUAUUUAAUUCCAGUACACUUCUACUCUCACAACUCUGUUCAUUUCCUCUGAGGAAAUUUUCUACCCUAUCCUUGAUGUCCUUCCAGUGCUUGAGACUCAAAUUUCCAUUUGCUUGCAGGACACAUCUGAUCUUCAGAGGCCUUCCUGAUGAAACAUGUGCCUCGUUGACCUAGGUGUCUCCUCUCGUCUCUCUUCUUCCCCUUUGUUCUCUCCCUCCGUUAUGGGCACUACCAAGCCCACAGGUGCAGAAGCUGGACCUUCAGUUCCUCCUUCAUCACUUCUUUCCCCUCUGUCUGUUUUCAAAUGGCUACCACGAAUGGCGAUUCUACUUUAAAAUAUCACUAAUUUAUAAAUGGUUUCCAUUUUAAAGCUGAUAGGACCAUGUCGGAAUAAUAAAAAAUAGAAAAAGAGAAUUAAUUGCCUAUAGUCUAACUACCUUAAGACGACCAUUCCUACAAUUUCAACAUAUUUCCUUCUAGUCUUUUUAAAAAUUGUAUUUCUGUUUGGUUUUCUUGUUUUAGUUUUCUUUCCUUUUUUCAUCUCUCUUCCCCCAACACUACCUCUUAGCUUUUUGAGCCUGUCCUUACUUUCUGGUACUAUGAAAUGCUUUGGGUUCCUCUUGUAUUUUGCCUGCUUCAGAUUUUAGAAUCAAUCAUGUUUCUAAAGUUACACUGGUUCCUUGUAUUGGAGAAUCUGGGCAUUGGGUUUUCUUUUACACAUGGCUGUAACCACAGUCUUGCAUUGAAGUGGGAGCGAGGUUUCCAUCUGGUUUCUAAGCUAUGCUUAUUACUUGCGCUUAGUCAUCUGUGGGCACAACUGGCAGGGUAGGCAGCUAGGAGUCUCCUAAGACCUGGGGAGCCUCCUGGGAAAGAACCCAAGCUAAGGAACGGAAUCAGGCAAACAAAUGUGGUCAAAUACAAUGUCCUCAUCCCCUGAGCGAAAAGUUAUUCUGACUAGGUGUGACAGGUGACAUUUGGAUGAUCUCUGACUUAACAUUCCUGCCAUUCUCUGUUGGGUUUGUGUCCUAGGGGGCAAAAUGGCUGUCUGUGGGUAAACACUCAAAGUCAUUUUCACUACAUACUACAAGAUAAUGGACUAUAAGAUACAUUGACUUUGCUGCUCAUCACCCUCAACUGCAUGGAGCAUGAAAAGUAGGCAAGGGGACUUUACGAAACCCGUUUAUGGGUGGUCUCCACAAGGAGCUUCCUUUACAUCUGAAAGAGCGCGAUGGGGCAGUGAUAAGAAGACUCUCCCAGUUGGAGACGGAACUGAAGCAUCUGAAAGAAAGUAUGAAAUUGGCUCUGAGGCAGCAAGAAAAUGUGAACAACACAAUGAAGAGGGCGAAAGAUGAAGAACGCCCUGUUCUGAAGGCAGUGGAAGCCGAGGGGAACGAGACAAAGAAGCACAAAACCCAAAUGAAACUCUUCCCACACUCACAGCUUUUCAGGCAGUGGGGCGAGGAUCUUUCUGAGGCCCAGCAGAAAAAGGCCCAGGACCUCUUCCGGAAGUUUGGUUACAACGCGUACCUCAGCAACCAGCUGCCUCUCAAUCGCACCAUCCCCGAUACACGAGACUACAGAUGUCUUCAGAAGACAUAUCCUUCCCAACUCCCAUCCCUCAGUGUCAUUCUCAUAUUCAUGAAUGAAGCUCUGUCCAUUAUACAACGGGCCAUCACCAGUAUCAUCAACCGGACACCCUCUCGAUUGUUGAAGGAAAUCAUCUUGGUGGACGAUUUCAGCUCAAACGGAGAAAUAAAGGUACAGUUGGAUGAGAAGAUUAAGCUUUACAACCAGAAGUGUCCAGGACUACUGAAAAUAAUACGGCAUCCUGAGAGGAAAGGUCUUGCUCAAGCCCGCAACACUGGCUGGGAAGCUGCCACAGCAGACGUGGUCGCCAUCUUGGAUGCUCACAUUGAAGUCAAUGUUGGGUGGGCAGAGCCAAUCUUGGCUCGGAUUCAGGAAGACCGCACCGUGAUUGUGUCUCCUGUGUUUGACAACAUUCGUUUUGACACCUUCAAACUGGAUAAGUAUGAACUGGCAGUUGAUGGGUUUAACUGGGAACUCUGGUGCCGCUACGAUGCACUGCCACAAGCCUGGAUUGAUCGGCAUGAUGUCACUGCCCCAGUGAAGAGUCCUUCAAUCAUGGGCAUCCUGGCUGCUGACAGGCACUUCCUGGGAGAGAUCGGGUCUCUGGAUGGUGGAAUGCUCAUCUAUGGAGGAGAGAACGUGGAGCUUAGCCUGCGGGUGUGGCAGUGUGGAGGGAAGAUUGAGAUUUUGCCCUGCUCCCGGAUUGCUCACCUAGAGAGACACCACAAGCCCUACGCCUUGGAUCUGACCCCUGCCUUGAAGCGCAAUGCUCUGCGAGUGGCGGAAAUCUGGAUGGAUGAGCACAAACACAUGGUCUACUUGGCCUGGAACAUACCUCUCCAGAACUCUGGAAUAGAUUUUGGAGACAUUUCUUCCAGAGUUGCGCUCCGGGAAAAACUGAAAUGUAAAACCUUUGACUGGUACCUGAAAAACGUUUAUCCACUCUUGAAGCCGAUCCACACCAUCGUGGGCUAUGGAAGAAUGAAAAACCUGUUGGAUGAAAAUGUCUGCUUGGAUCAGGGGCCCGUUCCAGGCAACACCCCCAUCAUGCAUUACUGCCAUGGAUUCAGUUCACAGAAUGUCUACUAUCACCUAACCGGGGAGCUCUAUGUGGGACAACUGAUUGCAGAGGCCAGUGCUAGAGAUCGCUGCCUGGCAGACCCCGGCAACGCGGAGAAGCCCACCUUAGAACGAUGCUCUGAGGCAGCUAGGCAUGGACUGCAUGUAUAUUGGGAUUUUAAACCGGGAGGAGCCAUCAUAAACAGGGACACCAAGCGGUGUCUGGAGAUGAAGAAGGAUCUUUUGGGUAAACACGUGCUUGUGCUCCAGACCUGUACCACGCAAGCGUGGGAAAUCCAGCACACCGUCGGAGACUGGGGUCAGACCAACAGCCAGUGAUCGCCAGACGACGCUGGAUCUGGGUCAUCCAUUCUUGCAAGUGGAACGACUUCUACUCCCAAUACUCCCAGCUCCUUUCUCAAUGAGAAGGAAAGCAUGUGUAUGUGUGUUUAUGGCGACUUCAGGUGGGGCCCGUGCAUGUGCUGGGGUGUCUCUGUUGCAGAGCGGAGAGGAAACUCUGAUGCCUCAUCCCCAGCUUCCCUGGGAAGGUCGUGAUAUAUAUCAAAUGCCAUUCUUAGAAACUCCUUGAAAUAACCAGCAUCUUUUGGCUGUUAUGUGGGGAGAGAAGGAGGAGGAUGGAAGUUUAUCUUUGACUUCGGCCCACGAUGUUUAGCCUUCCUUCCCGACAGCUACUGUCGCCAUCUGCCCCACACCUCCUCCCCAGCGCAUCUGCCUGGGGACUCCCAGGCUGCCGGGGGCCAUUCCAUGUGAGAGGCUGGGCCCUUCUCAGGCCAGCAGUGUGAUAGCUCUCCCGGUGGCACUAAUUCUUCCUUCUGCCUGGGCUGUACUGAGAGAUGCAGAAAGUAGACAAGUGACUUUUAAAAAUUCCUCCAUUCCUCCUCCCAUGGCAGUUUUAUUUGGAUUAUUAAUCUCUCCCACACCAAAGAGAUUCUGGAGGCUGAAGGGAGGAGAGAAGGCACCUGAACUCAUCACAGCUGUCCGGGGGACAGUGUGUUGAGAAGGGUAAGAAAAUCCAGGGCCAUCGGAGCCUUUCUCUUAGUAGGUCAUAACAUUUAAUGACUGGAUUACCGAUUCCCUCCUCCUACUCUUGCAAAUUAUGGAGAAGAUGAGGCUUAAAUCAGAGGGACGCUGCUUUUUGGGGACAAAGAAGAGACUGCAGGCAAAUCUUAAAACCAGGGAUUCUAUGGCUGGCUGCUGGAUAAAUGUUUUCUGCUGGUUGGUGAGUUGGGAAGAUACAUCUCAGCCUGCCAGUUUUUGGCAAGGUCUUGGAGGCUGGUAGGACCAGGCGCCAUGGUGGGAGAGGAGGUAGGAUGGCCCUGUGUGUGUGUUGUGUUGUGGGAUUACCCUUCAAGCAUGUGCUCCCGGAACCCCUUCUUCAGAGGGCCACUUUUCUCUCUUAGUCCCAUGUCAGGGCUGCCUGGAAAUGAUCUGGGGAAUCAUUAGGUUUUCUUAAGGCAUGAGGCAAGCAAGACGGUGAUAAUUUGGUACAGAAUUUAAUCAAUUAAAACUUAUAAAAAUGGGCCAGGCGCGGUGGCUCAUGCCUGUAAUCCCAGCACUUUGGGAGGCCGAG